CAGGAAGAACAGAAAGCUGAGCUACUAGUCGUAAGAGUUUUAUUCUAUGAAUUGUUGCUUAUUUUUCUUCAUAUUUUUUAUAUGUUUUUGAAAGGUGUCACAUUGAUUCUUUAUACUUCAAGAUAUUUAUAAAUUUCUACAAACAGAAUUUUUGAUCUAUUUAAACGUGUCCUUAUCAAAAAAAUUGUAGGUAACGGACGUGUGAAAUGUAUCCUACAUAUACUGAAAAACCUGCAGAUUUUUCAUUUCAAAAUAUAAGAAGUUGCAAUGCCGACGUAUUUCUUGACAAAGUUGGUUUGGAUGCAGCGAAAUUUGCCAGAGUUAAAGGUAUUCCAUUCAGAGGCCCAAAGAGAAAGUAUCUGACCAAAUCCGUAUGGUUAAAUAAUAAUAAAUUAAAAACUUUUAAAAAUAUUGAUCAAUUGCUAGAUACCGUUCUGGAACAUCCUGAAAAGUUGGAAUGGCUGGAUUUGUCUUUUAAUCAGAUCAUAAAUAUUGAUGAGAGUAUUUCGAAGUUUCCAAAUCUGAAAAUGCUUUAUUUACACGGAAACUGUAUUAACGAAUUUAAUGAAAUUGCCAAGUUGAAACUGCUACACAAUUUGAAACAUUUAACUUUUCAUGGAAAUCCUAUUUCAAAUCAUCCAAGGUACCGAGGUUUUGUAGUUGCUGUUCUACCACAAUUAGCAAAUCUAGAUUUUAGUGCAGUAACCAAGACAGAAAAAAUUAGUCCUCUUCCUGCAGAGGCGUUAAAAUAUUUUAAAGAGGAGAAAAGAAGAGAGGAAGAAGCAGCACGUGCAAAAAAGAAAUAAUACAUACACAUAAAGAGAUGCGUUGAAUUUUGACACCAAAAUUUUCUUCUUAUAUUUGUUAUAUUUUACCAGGAUAUUAGCAGAUGCCUAGGCAUGUUAGGAAGAUGACAAUAACUUAUGAAAAUUGUAUGUCUAUUGAUGAUAAAAAACGGUGCUAAUUUAGAACAAAGGGGUUGGAAAUUAAUAGAAUAUUUUGGUUAAAAUCAUUGAUUUAUUAUUAUGUAUUUAAUUUAAUAAAUAAAUUAUUACAGACUU